UUGAAAGGAACAUGAAAGGUAGAUUUGCGACAGACUUUGAAGACAUGGCCAGAGGAGAGAAAUUUUUCGUAGAAAAUUUCCACAUGUCAAAAAAAAAUUUUGAACAUCUUUUUAGUUUAAUCGAAAAAGAUCUUGUUCCGAAGCGCAACACACGUCCCAAGGAUGCAAUAACUGCAAAGUUGAAGUUAGCCUUAGUAAUAGAAUAUUUGGCUUCAGGUGAUUUGCAGAGGCAUCUUGCAUCAUGUUACAGAGUAAGCAAACAACACAUGGGAGCUAUAGUAGAUAGUGUAUGUAACGCUAUUUGUCAUGCCCUAUGCCCAACAAUGAAAGAACUAAAUGCGGAAAAUUUUCUUAACGUGGCGAAUGGCUUCAACAAACGAUGGAAUUUUCCAAAUUGCAUUGGAGCCAUCGAUGGUAAACACGUAGCGAUAAAAGCUCCAGCCAACGCUGGCAGUGUUUUCUAUAACUAUAAGGGGUUUCAUUCGUUGGUUUUGUUGGCUGUAUGCGAUGCAACAUAUAGGUUUACCUACGUCGAUGUUGGAGCAUACGGAAGUGAAGGAGACUGUAAUAUAUUCAGGAAUUCGCAAUUUGGGAGAAAUGUCCUAAAUGAUCGAUUCCCCUUCCCGGCCAAUGCAAUGUUAAAUGGAGUAUCAUUGCCGUUCUUUUUUGUAGCGGAUGAUGCAUUUCCGCUUUGCAAAAGAAUUAUGAAACCUUUCAACAAUAAGAACAUGCCUACCGAGGAGGUGAUUUACAAUUAUCGUCUUAGUCGAGCAAGGCGGUGCAUAGAAAACGCGUUCGGACUGCUUUGCACGAAAUGGGCAUGCCUGAAGAAGACUUUAUAUUGUGGCCCUGAUAGAGCUCAGAAGAUUAUGGCAGCAUGUUGCAUGCUGCAUAACUUUUGA